GGUGUCAGGUCUGCAAGAUCCUUCUUAAUAUAUUAUUAUGGCGAUCUAGUGGCUUAUAAAACGAGAAGUGCUUGCCGCGAUAGUGUACUGAACUAUGAUAAAGAAAUUGAGCGCUUCAAUCUUCUAAAUGAUUCAAACAAGAUUUUAGUAAUGAAUAUCGUGAAGGAAGAAGUAUCGAAGGAAGCAGUUGUCGAACAACAAAUAUGUCACAUUUUUCCAGAUGAUACAUGUCCUUCUUAUCCACUGAUAAUGGAGUUGCUCAGUUUCGGGGAUACGUAUGCAGAAACACGUGAUGCCUGUGGAAACCCUUACGUUACAAGUCUGGACGCCAUCAUUUCUUUGUCAUCCAAAGACAAUUUUUUUUUUUGUAUCUUUGAAAUCUGAAUUUGGAAAAUCUAUGCGCCAGAGAUUAAAAAGAUACGAGGAAUGGCUUGAAGUGGCACCUGUUUCUGAGGAGGGGCAAGAAUUUAAUAAUUAUCUUCUGGCUUUGGGGUGGUUGGCCAUGCAGCUGCUCUGUUUGUCACAUUAUACCAGUUUGGCGAGUGUAGCUUUGGAUGCAAUACUUGAUGCAUCAAAGAUGGAAAAAAGAAAUAGAAUCAAGGGUAAACAACACAAGGUGGGCGCUGGUGUUGUGCAGGCUAAUAUAUCAACUGAGAGCCCGACAAUUAAUAUGUGAAGUCAGAGCAUACAAAUUCAGACCCAAACCAUGCAAAACCCUACCUUCAUCCCUAUUCAGCGCCAAAAGAAGAUUAAUGGUUUGGUGCCGUGGAUUCAACCAGAUGCUAUAGGAGUCAGCCGUAUUGAUACUGAUGGAUCCUACGUUGACAAGGGGAACGGAGAAUGUACUGCUGGAUUUGGCUGUAUUGUCCGACAAAUUGAAACAGUUGAGAAUGUUCCGGAGAUUCAAGUGGUAGUGGCUGCUGCUGGUGGUGCCCCACCCUAUUCGUCACUUGUUUCAGAACUCGAAGGGAUAUCUUACGGAUUUAAGAAAGCGACAGACCUCAAGCUUCAGAACGUUAUAUUGGCCACCGAUUGUCUGCCAGCGCUUCGUCAUGUGGAAAAUGGACUAGUGGUAAAUAAACUAAUUGGUCAGUACCUCAAGACGUCAAACAGACUGAAGACAUUGGUCAACAGAAUUAUCAAAUAUCAGUCACAUAUUGCGCAUUGGGAGUUGAGGCAUUUAUACAGAGGUGGUAAUGAAGUUGCCAACUUAUUGGCGCGUAUCUUUACCAUGCCAAAUAGCGGAAAAGAAUACGAGAAAGCCUAUUUUGAUAAAGAUGACAGCGAGCUAGGGCCUGUGAUGCGAAGGGUCAAAGAAUUUAUGAAAUCUGACGCAGCAGGUAAAUUUUAUCCCCCCCAAGGAGAGUCAUCUUCGUGGACGUGAUUAAGAUACUCAAGCCUGUCAGUGAAAAGAAGGUCUGCUGGUGUGUCUGAGAAGAAGAAAUGAUGAAGUAGUCCCAAGUGCCUGUAUGAAGCACCACUAUAAGCAACUAAC